AUUUCUGUUCUUCAUACCAUAAAUUCGGAAACGAACAGAAUGAAAUACAAAUAUCGUGGUAUUUAAAUGAAGAUUGGUCAAAUGCCUGCCUAUUAAAUUAAGAAAAUCGAUAGUGUGACUUGUCGAUUCUUUUCUUUUACGUAGAAUAAUAAAGAUAUAGAAGAGCAGUGUCAACGAUGUUAUUUUAUUAACUUGUAUGUAAGUAUCUACCUACCUAUACUUGAACCCAAUGUGGCGACAAUAAUAUCAUCAAUAAUGAUCAUUUUUUUUUAAAUUUUGACAAAUUAAUUUUCAUUUUACAUUUUUUUUUUGCUCAUUCGGUACACUUUAGACGCUCGUAGGGGAGCUUGUAGGUACGGUAGCGCACCGUGUAAAGAUGGUAGGUACUAUUCCCAUGUAAAUCUGCCAUGUUGGCCACGUAACCAUGUCUGAUGGAGUGAUGGCAGGUUAGGUUAUAAAUAGUUAAUUUUUCCAAUUUUGAAAUGUAAAGAAGGGAAAAGUUAUGUACAAAUGCUAUUCUGUGAGUUGUUUCUAUGCAGAUCGAAGAGUAGGUUUGUAAUAAUUGUUAAUUUGGUUUAAACUAGUGCUAAUUUCCUCUACCUUCAGUAGCUUUCAGCGAACCAACCUACUGGUGACUGGCGUGAUUUACCUACCUUUGCUUCAGAGGUGCGAACACACGAAAUAAUGUCAAUUUUGUGCUCUUAUUAAUGCCUUAGUGUUUUGAAGACAUUGUGCGUUUCACGAUUAGUUUACUACACUUUACAGCUUGAGGCACUUCAUUUUUCAUAAUCAGUCUUCGCGAGAAAAUUAGAAAUAGAACCAUAAAAUGGAACUGCGUUCCUGUAGAAAAACGAGGGCAUCUACGAAUCAUUAUUCCGACCAUAUCAAAUUGAAAUUCAAUAAAAAAAUGAAAACAUCGACCAGUUCAGCCAACGCGAAACUAAUUUUACAUGUGAAUGCUACAACAAACAAACUUGAAAGAUUCAAUGGUACCCCAUUGGAACCAGUGCCCGAUUUAGGCAGAUUGAAACUGUACCAGUUUAUUCAUACCGAGUGGUUUCAAGACAACUCCUUACUGUUUGACAAUUUGCUCACUAAAAGAGAAGAUUUUAUAUUGUGCAUUUACCCGCCAGGAUCUGGUAAGAGUACGACAGCAACUUUACUGUAUUAUUACCUAUCAAAGAAUGCUAAACCACCCGGAGAAAUUCAAAAAUGGUUGAAUAAAUGCAAGUUUCAAGAAAAAGAGAAAGAAAAAUCUCGCGAGAAUCCUUCAUAUACAGAAUUUCGACGUUCAUCAUCUUUUGUUAUGCUCAUGGACUUUAGUAGGAUACGUGGUGACACGCGUGAACGCUUAGAGAAUGUCUUACACAGACCUUGUAAUGUUCUGCUGGAAACGCUCUGGAAUGCCAACUGAGGAACUGGAAGCAGAAGCAAAAUUAAUGCAAAAAGACCCUGGUGCAAUAUGGUCUUUAUUAAGCCGUCAGAAUUCUAUUGCUGGAUCCAUGUUUGAUGGAAGUUUAUACCUGAUACUGGAUGGUUUGGACAAUAUUUACAACUUGAUUGCGAACUUGCCAGCUCCUGAUAAUGUAAAAGUCUACGCUGAAUUCACCGGAACAAUGGAGACGAUGAUUAGAGGAGCUCGAGCUUAUCAGUCAGGGAUGAGAAUAUUUGCAUUCGGUGUUUCACCAUCUUUGAUAAGUGAAUUUCAAACCAAGUGUUUUUUCUCUAUUGCUGAUGAAAAAACUUCCAUUAAAGAAUUUUUCUCCUAUUCUGAUACUUCAAUCAAUGAAUUGAUCAAAAAAUGGGAGUUAGAUGUGUCAUUAGAAACAUGUAAAUCAGUGGCUGGAUUUAAGUACAAUUCAAAUGAGUUUGUAAAUCCAUACCUAUGCGUUUCUUUCUUGAACGCCUUGCGAGACAAAAGAACAUAUUCAGUUAAUUUAUCGCUUCACUCAUUGUGGAUGAGAUGGACAUUUGAAGAACCUGAUUUAGAAGUGCUUCGUCACAUAUUAAAAUCACAGAAAUACAAUUGUAAAUUUGAGAUGGGUGUGAGCAUGAAAACUAUAUACACUAUUCCGGAAUUUUCAGAAUCUCUUACAUUAUAUUAUCCGUUGUUUGUCUUCGGCGGAUUCCUAUCUUGCACUAUGGAAAAAAAUAAAACUUACACCUUGUCUGCUUCUAAUGAUACUGCAAAAAUUGUUUUGAACUAUCAUUUAGAAUCAAUUCAAAGAAAUUUAAAAUUUUAGACACUAUAAAGAAAACUGUAAACGAGAUUUAUGUAAUGACCAGAAUUUGGCGUUGAUAAUUAAUGAACAUAUGACGAAAUAUCAUGAUUAAAGUUGAAAUAAUGCAACGUUGAUUGAGCCGACUUAUUUUUAUUGCAGCAAGCAAGAAAACUAUUACCCUAUUGGCAGUAUUGGCCUAUUCACAAAUUCACAAUGUAGGAUUCGAUCCGAAUAAAUGCUGCAAUGUUGUAUCAGAGUUGAGAGAAUACCUACCUACGUUUUUGAAAAUGAAGAGAGUACAGAGUAUUACUGUGUGGCUUUCAAGUAUGGUAGAUGGUACCAUUGGUCUUAUCUACCAGAAAAGCAAACAGUGAGAGGAGUAUCAAAGAAUUAGCUAGAUAUUUAUCAACUCCUGUAUAAUUUAAGUUUUAAUAAAUGUUUGAAAACUA